CAGUUUCAGUCAACUGUUUGCUGUUGGCCGAUGUUGUUGGUCACUGCUGCUGGAAAAAAAAACAAAAAUUCAAACAAUGUCUCCCCUCUUUGUAUUGGUGGCUGUCCUUUUGACCGUUGCAUCAUCACAAGCGACAACCGAAACUGGAUCUGACAUUGUUACCGAAAUUCUAAAGGCUCUCAAAGGACACGACGAAUUAUGGAGAGUCGCCGACUACCUGAAUUCUUCUCGUACCGCUCUCGUCAACGAAUUGCCUCUUGAAAGUUCUGGGCGAAAGUUGAGUUACACGUUCUUUGCACCGACGUCAACGGCCUUUUUUAGGCAGAUGCCUCAAGACACGGUCGAUCCGCUCAACGUUGACGACAAUCUACGUACUAAGGUCUUGAUCCGCCAUUUUGCCCGUCAACGCGUCUCGGCCAGCGAUUUGGAUAAAUUGGAAAAACUCGUGAUGGCCGAUUUGAACGAGGCCAUUCUCACGCGCACUCCCGGCACGCAAUUCAACGUGAUUAACAAGGCGGAAAUCCAGCCGGGAGCUAUUCAAUUGCCCAAUAACAUCGGCACCAUCUACACUGUCGAUCGAGUCUUUAUGACCGGUGAAGAGGUCAGCCAAGCCAUUUCGGCCCAUUUUGAACGCAAUCCCAACACUGGUUUCCCCUUCUUCGGUUAACCUCCCGAUGUAUUCAACUAGAAAUCUGCAUGUUUUUUAAUAUGCACAUUUAACCUUUUUAUUGGUGCCCUUGUAUUUGUUAGACGCAUCCACAACUGUUGUGUUUAGGCUGCCAUUUUUCAUUUCCUCAUAUUAUACAGAGCUUAUAAAUGCAUAAAUAGAAUAUUCAGAUUUUCAAAA